AUGGAAGAGAUGGAUAACAGGUUAAAGGGUAUCAUUAAUCAAAAAAAUAUUCUGCAACUGAGAGAGAAUAACGGGAAUCAAUUAGCAAACCGUCAAAUGGAUAAGCCGCUUCCCACUACGAAUUUGCCUGAACCUUGUUUUGUUAGUAGGGAGGAUGAGAAAAUGGAUAUCCUUGAAUUACUGACCAAAGAAGAAAAUGAUGGGGCAUGUGUGGAUCCAAAAGUGAUUCCCAUCGUAGGGAUGGGGGGUCUUGGGAAGACGGCUUUGGCUCAGCAAGUCUACCAUCAUGAUAGAGUCGCCAACUAUUUCGAUGUGAAAGCAUGGGUUUGCGUUUCUGAUGAUUUCGACGUGCUUGCUAUUACAAAGAAGAUCCUUGACACAAUCAAAACCAAUGGCAAUUUGUCUUGUGAAGGUAAGGACCUGGAUUGGCUUCAUGAAAAGCUCAAUCAACACCUUGCAAGGAAAAAGUUUCUUGUUGUUUUAGAUGAUGUUUGGAACGAGAAUUAUGGAAACUGGACUAUCCUCAUGAAGCCUUUUCAAUCGGGAGCAAAGGGAAGUAAAAUCAUUGUCACGACUCGUAAUUUCCGCGUUGCUGAAAUAGCUCGUGCUGACCCUAUACUCUCAAACCAUUGUCGCAAGAUGCUUGUAUGA